GUCGUAAUUCAAGGAAGUCAAGUUGUACUAUUACAUAUGUCCAGACGCAGAUAUACACAGAUAUCAAUGAAGUCCAGUUGUACAUAACUUUCUCGCAGGCCUAUUCCAUGAUUUCCUUCGUUUUUCGCAUGAACGUUUCGAUUGCGAUGCGAAAUCACUCUUCCCACACCCUAAACAGAGCGUUCGGGAGAGACAGGGAUUGAGCGCAGGCGGCGGGAAGAUGGAAGGGAUUAAUGGGACGGAGAAGAGGCAGCGCGUGGACUGCGGCGGCGGGGAGAAAGCGGCGCCGCUGUUCAGCCACGAGGAGGUGGGGGAGAUAGAUGGGCUGACGGUAGGGGAUGAUUACGUGGAGGUGACGUGUGGGUGCACCAGCCACCGGUACGGUGAUGCCGUUGGAAAGCUUAGGGUUUUCUCCACUGGCGAGCUUGUAAUCGCCUGUGAAUGCAUACCUGGUUGCCAAGAAGAUAAGAUGACACCAGCUGCUUUUGAGAAGCAUUCCGGGAGAGAAACUGCUAGGAAAUGGAAGAACAAUAUUUGGGUAAUAGUUAAUGGUGAGAAGGUUCCUGUGGUAAAAACUGCGCUGCUCAAGUAUUAUAAUCAAUCUUCAAAGCAUGCAAAUGGUUCAAAUAAGUCUAAUAAUGCAAAAGUGUGCCAUCGUGAUGAAUUCAUCCGGUGUACCGUGUGUAAUAAAGAGCGCAGAAUCCGUCUUCGAACACAGGAGGAAUGCAGAAGUUUCCACAAUGCUCUGGCAGAUGCUAACUGGAAAUGCUCUGAUAUGCCUCAUGACAAAGUGACAUGCACGGACGAGGAAGAGCGAGGAAGCAGGAGAGUGUACAGAGGAUGUUCCCGUUCUCCUACAUGCAGAGGGUGCACCACCUGCGUCUGUUUUGGAUGCCAUGUCUGCCGCUUUCCUGACUGCACCUGCCAGUCUUGCAUUGAUUUCACUACCAAUGUCGUCAAAGCUUCAACUGAAUAGUCCUCGUUUUCUUUCUGUGAUUCCAUUUCAAACACUCUCCCCCUCUGCACGGGCAUGUCUGGCUGGCUGGGAGUUGUUUCAAUCCUAAUUCGAUCUCUUUCUAAAGCAACAGUUGUAAGCCAAUUUUUAGUAGACCUUUUGGUUCAUUCAUUCCGAAUAGUUUUUACCCAGCAGGCCCAGUAUUCUUUUGGGUUUUGGUUGAAGAUUGAUGAUGAUAACUAGAAUUUUGAAGGAAAGAAAAUGCUCAAAACAUGAC